AUGUUACGUCUUAUAUUACAAUAUGUUAUUAUUCUAAUUAUAUUACAUCAAUCUAAUAGUGCUAUUCAAUGGCCUAAACUGACUGUUUCUACAUCUUCAACACAAGCAAUUGCUGAUUUGAUCUCUCGUGUACUUAAUGAUGCUCCUAGUGCUAAAUUUUUUCAACUUUCAAUCGAUACUCAUCUAGCAGACAAUGGCAAAGAUGUAUUUGAACUUUCGAAUGGUUCUACAACGGGUUCAAUACUUAUUUCAGCAUCAUCGGGUGUUGCUGCUGCAUGGGGAUUCAAUUAUUAUCUUAAAUAUAUUGCACAAAGUUCAUUUUAUUGGUCUGGCAAAAAUAUUCAUCUUUCUAACUCAUCAUUAAUUCCAUUAUCAUCACCUAUUCGAAUUGCUGCUAAUGAUCUUUUUCGUUGGUAUGGUAAUCCAUGCACAUUCAGUUAUUCGGCUGUAUUUUGGAAUUUUUCUAGAUGGGAAGAAGAAAUCGAUUGGAUGGCUAUGAAUGGAAUAAAUAUAGUAUAUGCAACAACUGGAAUGGAAUAUAUUUUUAGUAAAGUAUUUCUUCGAAUGGGGUUUACUCAAUCAGAAUUAGAUGACUACUUCACUGGUCCUGCUUUUUUAGCUUGGCUUCGUAUGGGUAAUCUUCAAAAACAUGCUGGUCCAUUAUCACAAAGGUGGCAUGAAUCACAAUUUGAACUUGCUAAACAAAUAAUUCAACGAAUGACUGAUAUUGGAAUAAUACCAGUUCUACCAGCUUUUACAGGUUUCAUGCCUAGUACUGCACCACAACGUUUUCCUACAGCAAAAUUUUAUUAUUCAUCAGAUUGGAAUGAUUUUGGUUGUAAUGAUUCUUGGUAUAUUUUUGAUCAUGAAAUAUAUAUUGAAGGAAAAAUGUUUGCUUUAUUUAAUUUUAGUUUACCAUAUCUUGAUCCAAUUGAUCCAUUUUUUCAACAAGUUGGAGUUGCUUUACUAAAUGAAACGGUAACUUCACUUAAUAUUGUAUCACAUUAUUAUGCUUGUGAUCUUUUUAAUGAAAUGACACCCCCAGUUAGUGAUCUCAAUUAUUUAGCUGAUGUCAAUGCAGGUAUAAUUCGUACUAUGCAGACAGUUGAUCCAGAUGCCAUCUGGGUAAUGCAAGCAUGGUUAUUUCUGUCAGAUUUUUGGACACCUGAUCGUGUAAAGAGUUAUCUGAGCAAAGUUCCUGAAGGUCAUUUAAUUUUAUUGGAUCUUUAUUCCGAAGCUCGUCCACAAUAUUUACGUCUUGAAUCAUUUUAUGGGCAUUAUUACAUAUGGAAUAUGUUACAUGAUUUCGGAGGAAAUAAUGGUCUAUUCGGUUCUCUUGUUAAUGUUACAAAUGGUCCACAAACAGCUAGAAAUUUUUCAGGAGAAUAUAUGAUCGGUGUUGGUAUUACAAUGGAAGGUAUCAAUCAAAAUGAAGUUAUGUAUGAAUUUGCUCUUGAACAAUCAUGGCGUACUCCAUUGAAUAAUACACAAUUAAAUACUUGGUUAGCUAAUUUUGUUAUGCGUCGUUAUACAAGUAAUAGUGAAAUACCUACUUCUGCAAUAUUAGCAUGGCAGAAGUUAGGAAAUUCAGUUUAUCAUGUAAAUCCUCUUCGUGUUAAUUCAUUAAUGCUACGCAGACCAGGACUUGAUCGAGGUCAAAGUAUUAGUUUCGAUCUUCAAUCUCUUAUAUCAGCGUGGACAUUAUUAGUUAAUGCAUCGAAUAAACUUGAUUCGGAUUUAUUUCGAUAUGAUUUAGUAGAUAUAACUAAAGAAGUACUUCAAUAUAAAUUUGCUAGUGAUUAUUUUCAAUUGAUAGUUGCUUACAACCGAAGUGAUCUUUAUGGAGUAGGUACACAAGCAGCUAUACUUGUUGAUAUUUUAUCUGAUAUGGAAAUGGUAUUGGCUUCGGAUCGUCGAUUUCUUUUAGGCAAUUGGAUAAGAGAUGCAUUACAGUUUGCAAAGAAUGAAGAAGAAAUUCAUUUUUAUAACUUAAAUGCUAAACUUCAAGUAUCGAUAUGGGGAGUUAAUUACACAUUAGGACUUUAUGAUUAUGCAAAUAAAUUUUGGUCAGGAAUGAUUCGAGAUUAUUAUGCUCCUCGAUGGCGUGUCUUUUUCGAUGAAUUGCUCAAAAGUCUUGUUGAAGGUCAUCCACUUGAUACAAAUCUUUUGAAUAAACGUUUAUUUUUGGAAGCUGAAUCACCAUUUUUUAUGUUAGAUUCGAAGUUUUAUCCAACAACUACACAAGGUGAUUCAAUUAUGAUUGCUCGUAGAUUAUUAAGCAAAUAUGGACCAUCGCUAAAUGAUAUUCAUUUACCAUUAAUUUCUUCAAAACAACAUGUUCCUUUCAAGCAUUAUUUCAAUUGA